AUGUCGCUAAUCGACGAGUUCCAUGAUUCCCUGCCGUACAUCGACGGUGAAAUUGCUCCCGAAGUCCGCAGCGAAAUAGACAAGCUUAUCGCUGCCGAAUUACCAGCCGGGCACCGAACCACCCUCCACUCUUCGAUUCCAACGCUCCCAGAACCAAAGUUCUCAGCCCUCAUCCAGAGCGAGUUUGAGCGCAAGGCCAACAGCCGCCCCAUAACUGGCGGAGUAGACCUGUCCAGAUACGAAGCCCCAGAAGUGCCCUCGACCGAAGGGAAGGACCAAGCAACCAUCCUGAGCGAUUGGCGCGAGACUCUACGAAAAGCGUACACUGCUAGCUCACAUCUAUCUGCAAGACAAGAGAAUCUCUCUCUGCUGGAGGCCCAUGGAAAAAAUGCGUGGUUGAUUGGUAAUGCGCAGCUAGAGGAGAUUCUACGACAGGUCGAGAAGGAAAUACAGGAGACGAAGCAGGCUACGGAUGAGGUGAAUAGGGAGAGGAAGAUGAGACAGGAGACCGCGAGGGGCGAGAUCGAGGGCUUGGAGGAUGCCUGGAAACGCGGUGUUAGCGGAAUAAUUAACGUGGAGCUCGCCGCAGAGAAAUUGAGGAUGGAGAUCCUGGAAAAAAGGCGGCAGCAGGCAAGGUCUUGAAAUGAUGUUCGAACCUUCCAUUAUUUUACACACACAGUUUUCAGGCGUGGCCCAACCGAUGCUGGUAUCCAGGGAGCCGUUCUCUAUACCAAGGCCACGUCAGGGUUGAAAUCUAUAGCCUUCGGGUCGGUGGCUGACGUGCCGAUGUUGCUUCCCCUUUUUGAAGGAACGCUCCGUGCAAGCUGCAGCCAGUUACAGGGAGUAUAUCUUCUGUCGUGGCCCAAACACCGGCAGCAAGGUUAGAUAGUUACACUUCUACCAAGUCGGUGGGUGGUGCUAGUUUGAGCAAGAGGUUUGUCUCACAAGGGUAUUGUCAUUCCCACAGCAUUACCUGUGGCCAUUGCUGCUCUGAAAGACCCGGGUACCUUAACCUACGUUU